ACUUUAGACAUGACGAAUAACCCUUAUUGAACACAUGCACUAUGCACACUGGUGCACACCAGGAAGGUCGAUCGAAGGAGAAACAUAUCCAGCCAUUACCUGAAGCUAGCGGAUGCACUAUCACCAUGGACAUGCCAACAUUAAGAAGUCAAACUCAGGAGGUUUAUGAGACACAGCAGCUUCAGUUUCAGCCCCAGCCUCAGCCUUCAAAGAAGGUCUUUGAAGCUUUUGUCAAGCUGUUAUCCGAGUUACGGAUUCGCAGCAUGAUAGGGUCUUAUAUGAUGUACAAACAGUCAGACAGGUACAACCAACUUGCGUUUUGGAUGCUCAUAGUAGUAAGUGUGCUAAUGGGCGUGGCUACAGCGAUCCUAUCCAUGUACAUCCCCGUAGGUAAAGGGUGGCUCCAAGAAUGUUCUAAGAUAAUCAUAGGAGCAAUCACUGUCACGUUUAGCACUUUCAUAGCUGGCAACACCUUUCUGGUAGAGAAGUUUGAGAAAAAGCAAGAGCUCUUCAACAAGACAGGCGCGAAAUGGCAGGAACUUGAGCUGAAGAUCCACCUGUUUCUUGAAACAGCCGACGACACACUCACCAGGGAAUCGUACGAACAAUUCGCAAUGAAUUGUAUUCAAGAACGGACAACCAUAUGCUGCCUUUCAAAACCAGAGCCAGACAUCUACAAAAAAUACAAUGCAGAAUCCAGACAUAUUUUGGAAUCAUAUUUGAAAAAGAGUUCUGUAAUCACAGAAAUUCAAGAUGCGCUUAACAAUCCGGAGGACCAUCAAGCAUUAUCCCCAGAGGAAAAUGGAGAUGUUGGUUCUUCUUUCUUGCAACGGAUUGACGCCGGUUUGCAAAACUGAUUUCACGUUUUAUGGCAAUAGAUGUCAAACUAUUUCAUAAUUCUUCUAAUUUGGAAAUUACUGAUUACCUGCCCCUUAUGUGUAUCCUUGCGAGGUGUAUCAUGUAUUCACUCUAAACGGUAUUCGGUAAAUCCUAGAAGCAUGAUUGUUAUUCUCGAACCAGAUCUAUAAUGUUUGGGUUUUUUCAUCUUUUUUUUAUUCCAUUUCAAGUUGCAUGUACAGACAGAAGAGUGACAUGUUUUGGCCUUUACAUCAUCAAGUUAGUACAAAAUUGUAUGAGGUGUACAUAUGUAGAUAUAGCGUUAGUUUGAACAUUUUAUUACUGUAGUGGACACAAUAGUUUGGCUAGGUCAAACUGCAUGUGUGCUAAAUUAAAAUGCCAGAGUACUGUAUCUAAGUGUUGCCAUUUCCUAGUAAAACAACUAAAUUAAUUAUUUUUCAUUGCAAUAGACCUUUCGAUAUAGCAUAUGUCUUUAAAUAAUUUGAGAAAUUCUGC